GCCGGGCCGGGCUGUGACAGGCAGCCUCGCACGGCUGCACUGACACCGCACUCGCGUUACACUGUGCCACCCCCAGUGCGCUGCCUUUGGCUGGGGCGGGCCUAAUUUCCUUCAGAGUGCUGGCGUGCGCGGAGGGCAGUGCAAUGGCUCUCACGGUAAAAGAAUGCCUGGAGCUCCAGCUGCUGGAAGUGGAAAUGCUCCUUUCCAUGUUUCCCAAAAGAGGGGAAUUCAGCCUGGAUGCGGAUGCCGUGCCCAGCAUCCAGCGCUACCUGGGGAAUGCGGACGGAGCGCUGCCCCCGCAGCUGGAAUAUCGCAUCGCUCUCCGUGUAGGGGAGGCCAAGGUAAAGGUGGAAUUGCAGGUUCUCCUUCCUCAUAUGUACCCUCAGGUGGCUCCUCAGCUCUUUGCCAGAUCAGAUGCUCUGCACAGACAGCAACAGCUGCAGCUCAAUACUCGUCUGGCGUCUCACAUCAGCUCUCUGGAUUCAGGAGAUCUGUGUGUGUGUGAGGCUGUGCAGUGGCUGAAGGACAACAGCCUGACUUUCUUGGAAAACAGUAAGGGCUCAUCUGAGUGUGCUUCUAAAGAGGUCAGGGUUAAGGAAAUGCUGCAUCGCAUGUGGAUCUACAGCCAUCACAUAUACAGGCAGGAACUGAGGAAAAAGAUUUUUGACUGUGCAAAGAAGUUAAAUCUGACUGGCUUCUGCCUGACUGGGAAACCUGGUGUCAUCUGUGUGGAGGGACUCCAAGAAAACUGUGAAGAGUUCUGGCGUGUUAUUAGAUAUCCCAACUGGAAGCAUAUUUCAUGCAAGCAUGUGGAGAGUACAGAAACAGAGGGAAGCAUUGAUAAUCUCCGUCUCUUUCACAGUUUUGAAGACCUGCAGUUUCAGGCACAUGGUGAUUAUGGCUUGAGGAAUGACUAUCACAUGGAUCUCGGCCAGUUUCUGGAAUUCCUGAAACAGCAUCAGAGUGGACACAUUUUUCAGAUUUUAUUUGGUGUUGAAGGCAAACUUUCAGACAAUUGAGAGAAACUGUUUAUAAAGAGUUGUAAUUCUGGAGAGCAAGAUUUUUCCUUACAGGUACUGUGAAAAGGGAAACUUUAACAUCUGAGAUGAAUGGUUCAAGCAGUUAGUGUCAACUUUUGUGCUGAACUACAGCGUAUUUUUGAGAUGUGUUCAAUGAUUUUCUAAGACUCUAAAAGUGGCAUUUGUCUUUGUGAGCCAUGCCUCAAAGCACUUGCAAGGUGAUAAACAUUCCACAGUGUGUUAAGAAUUAUACACUUCUGUCUCCUCAUCUGUGCUGUGCUGUGUGAAUUUUUUCCCAUCUCAUGUAAACCUACUCUUUUUCAGUUUAAAACUCCCCCCUUGUCCUGUCACUACAUGUGCUCAUAAAAAAGUCCCUUUCCAGUCCCUUUCCUGUAAGCUCCCUUCAGGUACUGGGAAGUGCUAUAAGGUUUUGCAAAGCCUUCUCUUCUCCAGGCUGAACAAUCCCAAUUCUCUCAACCAGUUGUCAUAGGAGAGAAGCUCCAGCCCUCUGACCAUUUUUUGUGGCCUUCCUCUGGAAUUGCUGCAGCAGGUCCAUAUUGCUUUUACGUUCGUGUCCCAGAGCUGGAUGCAGUGGUGUGUCUGAGGUCUCAAAAGUGGAGUAGAGGGUGAGAAUCACCUCCUUCAGCCUGCUGGUUAUGCUGCUUUUGAUGCAGCCCAGGAUACAGCUGGCUUUCUUGGCUUCAAGUGCACAUCACUGCCUCUUGUUGAGCUUCUUGUCUGCCUGUACCAAGUCCUUCUCCUCAGGGCUGCUCUCAGCCCAUUCUCCACCCUGUGUUUGUGUUUGGGAUUGCCCCAACCCAGGGGCAGGACCUUGCACUCGGCCUUGAACACUAUGAAGCUUGCACAGACU